AUGGUGAUGUCUCACGAGCAAGAACACCCCAAGAAGGCAUUUGGAUGGGCUGCAAGAGAUUCAUCUGGUGUUCUCUCCCCCUUCCGUUUCUCCAGAAGGGAAACCGGAGAGAAAGACGUGACGUUCAAAGUGUUGUACUGUGGGAUUUGCCAUUCGGACCUUCACAAUGUCAAGAAUGAAUGGGGCUCCUCUACCUAUCCUCUGGUUCCCGGCGGCCAUGAGAUUGUUGGUGAAGUAACGGAAGUAGGGAGCAAUGUAAAAAAAUUCAAAGUUGGAGACAAAGUCGGUGUUGGAUGCUUAGUGGGAGCUUACCAAUCUUGUGAUAGUUGUACCGACCACCUUGAGAACUACUGCCCCAAACAAAUACUCACGUACGGUGCCAAGUACUACGACGGAACCACCACCUAUGGAGGUUACUCUGACAUUAUGGUGGCCGAUGAACACUUCAUAGUUCGCAUCCCAAACAACCUACCGCUUGAUAGUGCUGCUCCACUCCUAUGUGCCGGGAUUACAACCUACAGCCCCUUGAGAUAUUAUGGACUAGACAAGCCCGGAAUGCAUGUGGGUGUGGUUGGCCUAGGCGGCUUAGGCCACGUCGCGGUGAAGUUUGCCAAGGCUAUGGGGGUGAAGGUGACAGUGAUCAGUACUUCCCCUAAGAAAGAGGAGGAGGCUAUUAAACACCUUGGAGCUGACUCGUUUUUGGUUAGUCGUGACCAAGAUCAAAUGUAGGUAAUGUUACUGCUUUU